AUGUCUCUCGAAGUUCUGCAAAAGAAGAGGCAAGGCGCAAAGUUACACUGCUUAUUUCCAUCCUUGACGCUUUCUGCCCAGGAGGAUGACAUUCCAGAGGCAGAGAUAGAUAUGGAAACUUUUACCCAGAUACUCGAUCUGGACGAAGACGGAAAUCACGACUUUUCACGCGGGAUGGCUUGGGCUUACUUCACCCAAGCAGAGGAGACAUUCAACAACUUGGACGAUGCAUUGCAAGCCAAAGACUUGGCGACGCUCUCGUCCCUUGGCCAUUUCUUGAAGGGCUCAUCGGCAGCGCUCGGUGUCUCAAAGGUGCAAGAUUCAUGCGAGAAGAUCCAACAUUACGGCCAGCUUCGAGACGAAGAUGCCGACGUAGAUCUUUCCGCGAAAGACGCACUUGGUAAGAUCGAGAGGCUGCUUGGGCAGGUUAAGAAGGAAUAUUCGGCAUCAGAAAAAUGGCUGAAGAAGUGGUACGAUGAUCACCCAGACGAGACAUGA